UGUCUUUGAAAAGGGGGUAGACUGGCCCUUUAAACGCGCACUCUUUUGGUCUCUGUAUUGUGGCUGGCUGGUAUAAGCGAGAAACUGGCAGCUUGUUGAUUACUGAUCUCAUCACUUUCACAUCGGGGAGCAUUCUCUGUCAAGAAUGAAGGAAUAUUAAAACUACACCUUUGCGCCUCUCUUCCCCCCACUUUCUUCUGAACAGUGAUGAACAGAAAUAAAAGGGCUCGAGAAUCUGUAAGUGGCAUUCAGGAUCAACGAGCUCACGAAAGUAUGCAAUCCGAUUUCUAAAAAAAAAAAAAGAAGCGUUUCGCUUCCGCCUUGAUCUCAGACACUCGAGAAAACGGGAGGACGUGGCAAGGUUUUUAGCGUUUUUCCAGUGUUGUGUCUUUCCUUAUGAAGAUGGCGGCUCCAGUUCUUGCCAGCAGGGCUGGAACUGUCAAUAGUAUCGGCAGCAGCACCAAUUCUACAGCCAGCAGCACUAAUAAUAAUAAUAAAAUCCAUCCGAGCUUGCCCGAGCUGGAUUUCAGGUCCGGAGCGAGGAUUGAGGAGUUGAACAAGCUCAUUCAGGAAUUCAGCAAACACGACCAGCGAGAAUAUGACGACCAGAGAGCCCUGGAGAUACACACUGCAAAGGAUUUCAUAUUCUCUAUGCUUGGGAUGGUGCAGAAGCUGGACCAGAAACUUCCUGUUGCCAAUGAAUACCUCCUGUUAUCCGGCGGUGUGCGCGAAGGGGUCGUGGACAUGGACUUAGAUGAGCUCAACGUCUAUGCCAGGGGCACAGACUACGACAUGGACUUCACCCUGCUUGUCCCAGCCCUCAAGCUGCACGACCGCAACCAGCCUGUCACCCUUGACAUGCGCCACUCUGCCCUCUGCCACUCUUGGCUGAGUCUGCGGCUCUUCGACGAAGGGACCAUCAACAAGUGGAAAGACUGCUGCACCAUCGUGGACCACAUCAAUGGGGCAACCAACUACUUCUUUUCUCCAACCAAAGUUGCAGACUGGUUCUAUGAGUCUAUCAGCGUGGUGCUGGUGGAGAUCCAGAAGAAGCCACAGAGAGGGAUGCCCAAGGUGGAGAAGGUGGAGAAGAAUGGCACCAUCAUCUCCAUCAUUUUGGGGGUGGGCAGCAGCCGGAUGUUGUAUGACAUUGUUCCUGUGGUGUCCUUCAAAGGUUGGCCAGCAGUGGCCCAGAGCUGGCUGAUGGAAAACCAUUUCUGGGAUGGCAAGAUCACAGAGGAGGAGGUCAUCAGUGGCUUCUAUCUGGUGCCUGCUUGUUCCUUCAAAGGUAAGAAGGAGAAUGAGUGGCGGCUGUCGUUUGCCCGGAGCGAAGUACAGCUCAAAAAGUGCAUUUCCAGCAGCCUCAUGCAAGCCUACCAAGCCUGUAAGGCCAUCAUUAUUAAACUUUUAUCUCGACCUAAAGCCAUUAGCCCUUACCACCUGAGAAGCAUGAUGCUUUGGUCAUGUGACAGACUUCCAGCUAGUUACCUCUCCCAGGAAGACUUUUCAGCACAUUUCCUUCUCGGCCUCAUAGAUGACCUCCAGCACUGUCUAGUCAACAAGAUGUGCCCCAACUAUUUCAUCCCGCAGUGCAACAUGCUGGAGCACCUCUCGGACGAAACCGUGAUGUUGCAUGCCCGCAAAUUGUCUUCUGUCCGGUCUGACCCAGCUGAGCACCUGAGAACGGCCAUCGAACACGUCAAGGCGGCCAACCGGUUGACCCUGGACCUGCAGAGACGCGGCAGCUCGUCCAGCAUCCCUUCCCCGCAGUCGGAUGGCGGCGAGAGCCAACCGGAUGAUCGACUGGCAAAGAAACUCCAGCAGCUCGUUACGGAGAACCCGGGAAAGUCCAUCUCGGUGUUCAUUAACCCCGAUGAUGUCACGCGGCCCCAUUUCCGAAUCGAUGACAAAUUCUUCUGAGCCCUUUUGUUGCUUUUCUAUUUUGCGUUCUCGUGAUGUUUGUUCUAGAACGUUGUGAAGUACGGUGUACUGUGUCGGUGUCCCGUUUUUGUUCCUGAACCCGGCAGAGAGUGCUGGUGCUGGGUUUCAGAGACUGAGAGAGCGCGAGAGACUCUGUGCCUGCAGGGGGCAACGUGUGUUGCUCCGGAGCGAUCCGCUGGUAGCGUAAUUCAAGUCCAAUUCGACGACAGUUCAGCCAGAAAAGACUUUUAAGGGGGAACAACAAAUGCAUUGUACAAUAUCCUACAGUGAUUGUUUUUUUGCAAUUUUUGUGAGGAAUGUCUUACUAACUUUUGAGCCAUUUGAAAGUAUGCAUAGCACACGUCAAUGUACAAAGAAAUGGUGUGGUGGGCGAAAUCUCUCCCAUAUUCUGUGGAAUGUUGUACACUUUACAAACACUUUAGCUUACUCUUAGCCCUUUUGAACAUGGAGAGGUUCGCUGGGAAUGAGCUACUUGCUUUAAGGAUUCAAGCAGUUUUUUUCUGCAUGAAGCUUCUCUGAGGCAAGGCGUAGCAAAUCUGGGUAAAAGGUGAGAAAUUUAAAUUACACUCUCAGUAAGCUUUUUCCUCCUCACAUAAUCCUAUCUGUUUCUCUUUCUGUUUGUGUGUAGUGUCUUUGUGUGAAGUGAACACUUAGAGUACAUGCCAAAAACGCAAUUGAAUCUGGCUAAAGGAGCGACGCCUGUCAUAGCUCCAUUUACAAGUGCAAUUAGACCGUUCGGGUUUUUAAAAAAACACACACAUGGCCUAAAUAUAGCUUUUCCUUUAAUCAAAAGAUUGUGGUUGAUUAACUGCUUUGAAUGGCAGCUUGUGUGGAAGUAUCUGCUAUAUUACAUAGAUUUUAAAGUUCUCCUUUUAAAGUUGUAAGAAAUUGUGCUUCAUUUCCAUGAUAAGUAUACAUGAGGAUGCUCAUUCUGUCUGUGCACUGUAGUUCAUUUUUUGCGGGUCUUUAAAACACUUGACAUGAAACCUUAGAUGUAAUUCCCAUGCUAUUUAUUUGCUGCUAUUCAGGUCUAAGAUGAAUAAAGUUAUAUGAUGCUGUUUAAUUAUGCAAAUUCCUUUAAUAAAAAGACAUCACGCAUAUAAAUACAGCUUGGACCAGUGUUUAGCUUACUGUGUAUAUUGUGACCUUUACAUAGAGGACUUAGGACAAGAGAUCUGCACAAGGUGAGAAUUUGCCACAUUGUAGCAGGAAGCUGAUGAGGAACCUAAAUCCUUUCGACUUCAUUCAUCCAGUUCCCAAGAACUAUAAUGAAAGAUGAGUUUUAUAUAUAUAUGUAAAUAAAGUGACACUGUAAUAAAGGGAAUUCAUAUGAGA